ACAAACAUACUGUACUUCUGCUUUAUCCUCAUCAACAUCUUCACAAUUGAGCUCUACAAACGUAACUAUCUAUCUUCAAGAUGGAAGCUAUUGACAAAUCUCUGAAGGAAGCUCUCAAGUCUGCCCAGUGUGAGGAUCGCCUCACUGUUGGUGUCUAUGAGAGUGCCAAAAUAAUGAAUGAUGACCCAGACAGCGUGUCUCUCUGUGUUCUGGCCACCGAUGAGGAGUGGGAGUGUGACAUUGCUCUCCAGAUCCACUUCACCCUCAUCCAGUCUUUCUGUUUUGACAACGACAUCAGCAUCGUCAGAGUGAACGACAUGCAGCGCCUGUCCGAGAUUGUUGGGGACAAGACUGGCCAGCUUGAAGAUGCCCACUGCUGUCUUAUCACGAACCCAGCUGAUGGUUCUUGGGAGGACGCUGCUCUGGAGAAGCUGCACCUGUUCUGUGAGGAGAGCCACAGUCUGAACGACUGGGUUCCAGAGAUCACCCUUCUUGAGCGCUGAUCUGGGACUUGACUCUUCUCUCUUGAGAUGCUGUAAACCUUCAACCUAUAAGGAAAUACUCAUCCGUUUACAGGAUGACACUGUUUCUCAUCCCUGGAUACUCCUGAGGAGGAUUCCAUUCCAGGCAGCGCGAGGCCGGCCCGAGUGGCCCCCGCGAUUCGUUGUCUCUUGUCCCGUCCAUACCAAGAUGACUUCCAUUCUUUAUGUGAAUGGGGUCAGGUAUGCCACGAGAGCAACAAAAAUGGCCCUCAUUCUUUUUGCGGAUGAGGUUUGGAGAGAAAGGAGAAGCGAGUUCUGCAUCUUGUGGUCCAAAGAGCAAACGUCUCACGUUGAAGCACGCGCAGUAGGAGAAGAAGCGGUGCCAAGAAGAAGCGUUCUUUUAAAAUGUCUUCUUGCUGAGCAGCAAUAACAACCGUUGCAUUCAGCGAAAUGUUUCCCACUUUCCAGAAUUGUCUUAAUUCUCUAAAGGUUUCACUUUAGAUGAUUUAAAUAUGACAAAAACAAAAAACAGAAAUACAUUUUUAAAAAUGUACUUAGAAUACUCUAAAGGUUUAACUUUAGACCUUUAACAUGAGAUUUAUUAAACAUUUUAUGAAAGAUUAUUUCAGUUGUUAUUAUCGAACAUUUUACAAUAUUGAACUCCUGAUUAUGUCAACAACUAAAAAGAAAGAUAUAUUACAUUUGUUGUUCUCUAAAAUGUUUUGCUGUUGAAUUCUUGAUUAUGUCAAAAAAUAAGAAAGAAGAUACAUGAAUGAAUACAUUUGUUAUUUUCUAAAGGUUUCGCUUUAGACAUUUCUUGUACGACAAAAUUAUUAAUAAAAAGUUGAAUGUAAA